CCGUCGGUCGUGGUUGAGUGAUAACCUUGAUAUACCGAGAAAUAUUCUAUGACAAAGUCCUCUAAUAACUUCAAAAAGAGGGAUUUUACCACUCUUCAUCAGAGGUGUGGAGAUAAACAUGGCUAAAUCAAGAAUAUCCUGGCUGCAAAUUCUUUGUGUAAUUUUGGUUGUUGUUCUCCUUCUAGAAGCAGUUGAGAGCAGGCCAUCCAAGAAAAGCAAGAAAAAGCCUCGCGUGAAGCAAUGCGGAAACGAGGGUCAUCUUUGCCAAUCAGGUUCAAGGAAGCUUUGCUGCAACGCUGGUUUCACUUGUCACGUACCUACUUCCUCACCCAAUAAGACGAAAAAACUCAAGAGAAGAAAAAAGUUGGGAAUUUGCAAACCAGUUAAACCGCAAGAGAAAGAAAUUGACGAAUCCCAAAAGAAACCAUAAUUUUGGUUUCCAAAGUCGACAAAGGAAAACAAUAGUCUUCUUCGGGUGAAAAUAAGGAAAACUCAAGGCCAUCUCGUGGACUUUAGACAGGAUACCUAAAUAAACAUAAGAUUGCCAAACCAGACCAUUACGUGGCUAACGGCGAAGAAUAGCCAGCACCAUUGACCUACAUUCCGACCUCAACUAGACGGUUCUUUCUAACUUAUUAAGGCGGUGGUAUUGGCGUUAUUUAUGUUUGAAGAUUUAUUUAUAUACUUCGACAAGAAAAAUUACAACGGUAACAUUAAAGAUCGUAAACCAUUAUGUAUUUUGUAACACUAAAAUUUUUCUAUUUAAUUGUAUUUGAUGACUUUUAUUAUACAAUUGACUUCAAGAUUGAGGCAAUUUAGUAAAACAAAGGAAAUACGCGAAAAAGAAGAGAACCAAGGCUAUGGAAUUUUUUGUAAGACAUCAUCCCUGGUCCACGCACACAGAAGUGUUUUUUUGUUUUUCAACCGUCCCAAUUCAUUUUGCUAAUCAUCUGCAAAUGGAAUGUUAUUUCAUGCUUAAUGGAUGGCUAGAUAGGAAGAGUAUUUUAUCGAAUUGAUGAAUAGUUUUAGUCUAUAAACAAAUAACAUGUGAGCUUUGGUGUUACUGAGACGUCAUGUUCCACACCCUCGCCAUACACGUGCAUUGACUGGGAUGGCUCAAAAGAUAAAAUUCCUGAUUCCUGAGCUGUGAUUGGAUGAUGCUGAUUAGUUAGAUUGUUACCGCUUAUGAUGUCCGCUGCGCAAAUGAUUGAAGGCAGCAUGAAACGAAAUUGCAGGACCCCAGAGCUCGUAUGUUUACGCCAAAAAACAAACAAAUAAACAAACAAAAGAGAAACUUCUUCGACCUAAUCGCCACUCGUUUGCAAAACGAGUUUACCUUCAUUAAGAGAUUUUUCUAUUGUAGAAAUUUUUCCCUCGGUUUUAGCGUGAUUCGUUAGAUUUCGCUCCAAAGAAAGGUUUCAGUAAAUUGAAGUAGAGUGGUGCAUCCUGUAUGUGGCCCUCUUUAUAUAAUUGGCCUUGCUAUCUGAUUCUCAGCCACGGAUUUUAAAACACUUCUGUUGAAUGUCAAGAUAGAAAAAACCACAAGGGUUCAUUGUUGCUUUGUACCUGUCGUAGUAUGGAAACAAAAUUAUAAAGAAAGUAAUACUUUGGGUAACCAAACGGCCGUGGCUUAAGAAACCUUUAGGGCGACUUCCCUGUGCAUGCCUCGCGUCCUAUCAUCUCAUUUCUUUAUAUCUGGUCUAUUUUUAAUGAUAACCGUCUAUGUGGGAUUGAUGAAUCGUCUGUUGAAACUAUUUUUGUUU